AAAAACGGCACUGAAACGCGAGCAAACCCCACUGCUGCUGGUGCGCACUGAACGAAGACAUAAGGAUAAGGACAGGGGUCCAACCAUGAAAUCAACAUAUCUGCUCGUAUUGGCGUCUUUGGCAGUUUGUAACCUGCCGCAUUGUAAUGGACAGAGUCUUACAGAGGAUGACCCGGACCAUCGGACCAUAGACGACAUCAUUCUACAGAAAGCAGAGAGCCUCUUGUUACGGUCCAUCCUCAAGAAGAUACAGGGAGAUGACGAAAGAUACGAGGGUACCUCCCAGCCAGGCUGGGUGACAAAGAGACAGCACCCGGGGAAAAGGUACACAGAAGAAGACUUGGACGUGGACGCACCGUAUUUGGACGUUAAUAAGAGACAACAUCCGGGCAAACGUGAAGAAGAAAUGUACUCAUACCUGGAACCCCAAAAGAGGCAACAUCCCGGGAAGCGUACCGCGACAGGAUUCGUAUCUGACAACCCGCUCCUGGUCCUGAGCGAACUUUCGAAAAGACAGCACCCGGGAAAGCGCUACCUGAUGUUGCACACGAAGCGCCAGCAUCCCGGGAAGCGCUUCUUCCCAGACGCAGACUCCGACUUUGAUUCAGAGGGAGAAGAACUGGCGGAACUUGAAAAGCGCCAGCAUCCAGGGAAACGCUUUUUGGAUAACUCCAAUCCGUUUUUAGGAAGCAACCCUCCCUGUGACUUUUUGGACUCCAAUGGUUGUAGUAGCUCCCAAAAUCGACUGUUGCUCGACUUUUUAGACAACAUCAACACUAGUCACGUCGAAGAGAAGCGGCAGCAUCCGGGGAAAAGAUUUGCAUCCGAAGAAGAUUUAGUGGAUUCAGAGUAG